AUGGCAGGGGCAGUAGCAGGAGGACUCUUUAAUGCAUUUGCAUUUGCGGGACCUGGGUUCCUAUUUAAGAUGUUUGACAAGAAUGGAUACGCUGAGGAAGCCAAAAGACAUAACAUGGCUAUGGAGGUCCUCACAGCUGAAAGAGAGAAGUACCUUGAAGAGGUCACAGAUAGGAGAAACAAAAUAGCCCAACUAAGGGCAGAACUAGCUGAAGCAAAUAGUGAUAUCAAGUCAACGAACCAAUCACUGGAACUAGUUAGGAGAAUCAAUGAAUUAACACGUAAGGCUAUGCCAAGGAAGCCGCAUCUGAGUAACACCUACAAACCUAGCCGAGAGAUGGAAGAAUACAUGGCGCUCUUUGGUUUACUUGCAGGUGGAGCAAUAGGUGGGGCGGCUUAUUUAAUUCUGUAA